AUGACAUCGAAUGAUUUUGGACAUAUUAAUAAUCUCGGCAGAGCACACACAAAUGCACUUAAACAAACAUGGAUAGCUUUAAUCGAUGCUAUAAGCAAGGAAACAUCGUUGCAAAGCAAGCAGAUUGCUGAUUCUGUCUAUGGAGAUGAAUUAUUUCGUGCAGUCGGCUAUGAUAAUCCAGAUGUACUUAUACUUCGAUGGCUUCGUUCUCGUAAAUGGAAUGUUAACAUUUGUGUUAGUCAAAUAAUACAGACACUUAAGUGGCGACAUGACUGGGGCGUUCAAGAGCUUAUAGCUAAUGAUGAAAGAGCUAUUUCUCAAGAAGAAAUUACAACAGGCAAGACUUAUUUCAUGGGUCACGAUAGAGUAGGUCGACCAAUUUGUUGCAUUCAUCCGAAAGACAGGCCUCGCAGCGUGUUUACUUUCCUGAUUUAUUCCUGA